AUGCAACAAACACUACUGCUUGUCCAUUCACCAACAGCACUAUUCCAAAUUCUCAGCUCCCAACAAGUGACGAUUGGCUUAUUUGCCAUCGAUUUCACUCCGCUGCCAUUCACUGCUGGCUAUGUGGUGAAUGUGGCAACGAGUUAUCUCGAUGUACAAGUAGUACCACCUCAUCAAACUGAUGUCGGUCAACAAGUGGGAGCGAUUCUUCGAUACGAUUCAACACUGAUGAGACCAGCCAUUGGUCCUAGAACAUAUGAAAUUUAUCAGACACCGCCAUCAAAUGCGAAUACUAGCUUAGUUUCGAAUGGUAUAUUGCGUAUUCCUUUGGCAUAUUCUACGCUCUUUGCUGUUGGCGACGCGAUUAUAGCUCGCUACUCUUUCACCACCCAUGCUUUUUACGGUCAGGAUGUGACGGAUUUCACUAUUCAAUCAGUUACUGUCUAUACAGCUUGGUACAUGGGUAUUUAUACAUCGCGAGCAAAACGUUUAAAUAUGAUCGACUACCAUGUAAAACCGCGCAAUGGACGCUGGAUGAGUACGUCAGCAGAUUGUAUGCAUUUUGGUGACAGUCGGAUUUCUAUUAAUAUAUUCGAGUGCUCAUGUGAAGCGCAAGGCGACGAUGGAUUGAACGUACAAGCAUUUUAUUUUACGGUCAUACAGAUAAUCAAUUCGAAUACAUUAAUUAUUCAAGAAAAUAAUUGGCCUGAUACACUUAAUGUUGGCGUUGGUACCAAUCUAGCAUUCAGUACUAGUCAAAGGCCAUUUACAGUCUACGCAACAGCGACAGUGGCUUCAUCGUCCAUCAAUAACGCGACUUCACAAUUAUUUACGUUCACCAGUCCAAUCAAUGUGAGUGUCGGUGAUAAGGUUUGUGUCGCUGAUGCACCCACAUUAACUAUACAGAAUUUGAUUGUGGCCAAUAACAGAGGGCGUGGUGUCCUGUUAGAAACACAAAAUAUUCAAAUCACUCAGUCGCUGUUCAAUGGGACCAGUGCACCAGCCGUGUUAUUUCAACCAUCGCUCUAUUGGAACGAGGGUCCUGGGGCGCAAAACGUGUUGUUGAGUCAGAAUGCCUAUAUUAACUGCAAUGAAGGACUUUACCAAGAAGAAGGAGUGAUAGCAUUUCUGCCUGAUCCAGUUCAGUUAGUGCCGGUUAUGUACAACGUUCAAGUGAUAUCAUCGACAGUUCUCAAUGGACAAUACAGUGGGGGGAUGAUACAAUGUACCAACUGUGGGGGUGCUCCAAAUUCAAAAUUAUAG